AUGCCUGAACCAUUUAUAUAUAUCAACGGAUGGCCUGGUUCAGGGAAGCAUACGACAGCGAAAGCAUUAGAGCGGCAUCUCGGGGAAAAAGCUCGUGUGGUUCACAAUCACCUACACAUAGAUCUUGCCGGUGCUAUUCUUCCGCGAACUAGCCCUGAAUACUAUCCUCUCCGUCAGCAGCUUCGCGAGGUAUUUUUCCAGACACUUGCGGCGGCUUCCGAAACAUUUGAUUAUAUAUACAUUUUCACUGAUUCCCAGACUGAUGAUCCAGUGGGGCGCAGUGUCACUUCGCACUACGCGCAGGCUGCUUCGGAUCGUGGAUGCGCAUUUAUCCCUGUUGUCCUCAUUUGCGACGAAGAAGAGAACUUGAGGAGAUUACGGUCUCAAGAGAGGCUGAACUUGGCUAAGGGUGGGAAGGGUUUGCUGCUCGAUACAGAUUUACUGAAGGGCUUUAGGGGGCAGGGAAAGAUAUUGAAGUGGCCAUGUAAAGAAUCGUUGGUGAUUGAUGUUACGCAUAUCGGAGUGGAAGAGGUAGUUCACAAGAUACUCGACCACUUACAGCUGAUCAGACAACAGCGAGAGUAA